CUGCGCAAAUCCUCCGCUCCCAAAUGCCUGGCUGUGGUUGAAAAUAUCUGAAGGUUUUGCUUUGGUUUCGUUGGGUUCUUUUGGGCGAUCUUUGACUGGGUUUUGGUUCUCCAAGGCUGAGACAAUGGCUUUCUUUGUGAAAAAUAUGAUAAGUAACCAGGUAAAGAAUUUAGGAUUUGGAGGUGGGUCUGAAGAAAAGAAAGAAGAAGGAGGCACCUCGGACCCCGCGGCGGCUAAAGGGAUGACUAGAGAGGAAUACGAGGAAUACCAGAAGCAGAUGAUUGAAGAGAAGAUGGAGAGAGAUGCUGCAUUUACUCAGAAAAAGGCUGAGAGGGCAUGCCUACGAGUCCACCUCAGAGACAAAUACAGGCUUCCGAAGAGUGAAAUGGACGAGACACAAAUCCAGCUGGCUGGGGACGAUGUGGAUUUGCCCGAGGAUCUCCGAAAGAUGGUAGACGAGGACCAGGAUGAGGAAGAGGAGAAGGAUUCUAUCCUGGGGCAGUUGCAGAACCUCCAGAACAUGGACUUGGAUACCAUUAAAGAGAAGGCACAAGCCACCUUCACAGAAAUCAAGCAGUCAGCCGAACAGAAGUGUUCUGUGAUGUGA